AGACUUGUUUCAUCAUGCCGCUCACCAAGGGAGCAACCACCAUGGUUUUCCCUACCCACAAUCCCUUGCUGUCAUCAGCUGUCAAUCAAAAGACAAACCUGGAGUCCCAAACUAAAGUCAACCCACUUCUCGGUCUGACAACGAAGUUUCCAAACCCUCUUCUGGGGAAAGUUUCCCACAAUUUGGAUAAAAGCAAGCCCAAAUCAUCGGCAGAGUUGCGCAGUGACCUCACCACCAACAGGCUUUUAGUUGGCUCCAACAAAAUUGAGACAAAGAAGCCCAAAAUGGAAAGGUUGCAGAGCAAUGUUGAGACAUUUGACAAGGAAAAAAUCAAACCAAAGAAGUCACCAUCACUACAAAAUCCUGCCUUGGUCCAGAGCAAACCUUUGACUGGGACGACAGUCAACAAUAUUCUCAACUCAAGUGCUGCCGGCUCGAAACAUGGUUUCCAAACAUCCCACAAUCCUCUGCUGCAAACAGGCAAGCCGUUGCAGCUAUCCCAGAGUUCCUCACUCCACAGUCAUCAGGUUCUUCAUUCCCAGGGUGCCUUGCAACUCUUGCCCAAGUCAGCUGAUCUCUCGCAGCCAAUAGAAUCGCUGAGGGUGCAUUAUGCUGAAAGGCAGUUAUCAGAAAAUUCACAGCUGCAAAUAAAACAGCGCAAAACAGCCGAUCAUGCCAAAACAACAAAGAAAAAGCACAGGUCGACAAAAAAGAACAAGCAUGACCCAGGGGUCAAGGUGACCCACGGAGAGAGGAAGGUCAUGCUCGAGGCUGAGACGAUGAAACCCGAGUAUGACAUCAGGCUUGAUGUUGCCAUGGAGAUGAUAGAACAGCCAGCCUUCCUGCCACCUGAGCUGGACUCUUCUAUCUGUCAGCAGCUGCCAACAACAAACCUACCUGCUCUAAAGCAAACCCUGAUCAACGCUGUGAGUGGUUCCCUGAUCCAGUCUCCCAACCUGCGGGAGGAACAUGACGCCACCAGGGUCAGGCUGUCAGCACUGGCAGAGCAGCUGGUCAACUUCGACCCAGAGUUCAUCUUAAAGCUUGCCCUGUACACGCGUCAGGAGUUAAACAUCCGAGUCACAGCAAACUUCCUCCUGGCGCUGUCUGCGAACGUUCCCGCCUGCCGGCCGUUCCUCAAGAAGUACUUCAGCACCUCUGUCAGGCUGCCGUCGGACUGGAUAGAAGUCGCUGAGAUUUACCAGACGUUCCAUGACAGGUCGUUGAACUUUGGCUCCCUUCCUGUGGCCUUGAGGAAGGUCAUGGCCGCCAAGUUCCCUGACUUUGACCAGUACCAGCUGGCCAAGUACAACAAGGACAAGAAAACUCAGAAAAAAAAGGAUGAUAAGAAAGAAGACAAGGACCAGCCCAAGGUGGUUCAGCAGAUCUCCAUGGAGAGUGAAGGAGGAGAAAAUGAGGAGGAACUAGUCAGGCUCACCUUCACACUCAAACAGCUGAUUCGCAAACUGCACAUCACACAACCUGUGGAACAUGUCAUGGCUCUUAUUGGGAAGAAAUAUCCUGAGGACUUGGAGAGUUUCUAUCAAAGCCGACUGCCGGGUACCUGGGAUCCGGACAGAGCCGGAAAACGGAUGAAACUCCCAACACCUGAGACAUGGGAGACACAGGUGUCGCUCAGGGGCAACAAGGCUGAGGUCUGGGAGGAGCUGAUUGAGACAUGGGAGACACAGGUGUCACUCAGGGGCAACAAGGCUGAGGUCUGGGAGGAGCUGAUUGAUCACAAGAAGUUGCCGUUCAUGGCGAUGUUGCGGAACCUACGGAACAUGCUGACAGCCGGGAUCAGUCCCAAACACCACGGCUGGGUCCUGCGUAAGCUGAUGGAUGAUGGAGCGGUCAUCAACUCCAGACAGUUCCCAUUCAGAUUCUUCUCUGCGGGUCUGAAGUACGACCUUGCUCUCCUGAACCGUUACCGGACGGCGCUCGACACAGCCGUGAAGAUCGCAACUUGCUACAACGUCGCGCCGAUCAGGGGGACAACGGCCAUCACCAUGGCGAUGAACGACCAGAUGGAGACGCCCUGUACCGCAGCGCGGGGGCUCGGCAAACCUAGAACUCUGACUGAAGUUGGCCUACUUUUGGGUUUGAUGUGUAAACAUGCAUGUGAGGAGUCCAAACUGCACCUGGUGUCACCAGGACAACAUCAGGAAGUCAGUCUGGAGACGGGGUCCAUCCUGGAGAAUGUGGAACGCCUGAAAGGGCUCACACAGUUGCUGAUGUCCCAGGCAUCUUCUCCUGACGUACCUAUAGAGUACCUGACUGACAUGCUGAAGAACAGGGUACAGCUGGACAACUUAUUGGUGUUGUGGAAUGGCAGAGACAACAACCCCAGCCUGAACGUGAAGCUGACCAAGUUUCUGGAGAAGUACCGACGUUACGUCAACCCCAACCUGCUGUUUGUGACAGUGGACCUCAGUGGGAGGGCCUGUGGGAUUGUGGACCAGGAGACACAUCCUAAUGAUAUACACAUCGCUGGCUACAGCGACCAGAUACUCAGGUUUAUAGCAGAGAGAGGGAGUGGAGCCCAGCUGACUCACGUAGAGAACAUUGACCAGGCUUACAGCCUGAAGCCUGUCCCUACCGCAGCUGUCUCAAAAUCUGCUGCAGCUGUGGAGGAACUGCAGACUACUGCAGACUUGUCUGUGUCCCGACCGCUGACUGUACCCGUGUGGAGAACAGCCCGUGUGUUCAUCUCCUCCACAUUCAGAGACAUGCACGGUGAGAGGGACCUGCUCACCAGGUUUGUCUUCCCUGAGCUGCGGGCAAGGGCUGCUGAAAGGUUUGUGCACAUCCAUGAGGUUGACCUGCGGUGGGGCAUCACAGAGGAAGAGUCUCGUAGUGAGAAGUCCCUCGAGAUCUGUCUGAGCGAGGUUUCCCGCUGCCAGUUCUUCCUCGGGAUUCUGGGAGAGCGGUACGGCUGGGUACCGGAUAGCUACGUCGUGCCAGAUUCGCCGGAGUUUGACUGGUUGAAGUCAUACCCAGCAGGCCGGUCGAUGACAGAACUAGAAAUCCACCACGCGGCACUCGCCGACCCAUCAGCUGCACAGGGCAGAGCUUUCUUCUACUUCCGCGACCCUUCCUUCGAGAGCGAUGUGUCGGGGAAGCUGAGAGACAGUUUUCUCUCCGAGUCUUCCUCUUCAAAGGAAAAGAUGGAGAAACUGAAGAGCAGGAUUCGCAGAAGCGGGCUGGAAGUGCAUGAUGGGUACCCAUGUGCCUUUGCCGGAGUGAUGGAUGAUGGGAAGGCGAUGGUGUCCGGGCUGGAAGAGUUCGGAAUGAGGGUGCUGAACAAUCUGUGGAAUGCCGUGGUCAGGGAGUUCCCUCUGGAAGAGUCCACUGAUGCCAGCGGGGGUGAGACUGGUCUUCACCAGGCCUUCGUGCAGCAGGAGGCAGAGAGGUUUGUGGGAAGGGACAAACUCCUCAAGCAGUGUGCCGCCGAGAUCUCUCUCUGCAAGAAUGGUACCCUGGUGGUUGUGGGAAAGUCAGGCAGUGGUAAGACGUCCCUGUGUGCCAGACUGGUGCAGCAGUACCUGGACUCAGACAGCUGCUCAGCUCCUGACUGUGUUCUGACACACUUCGUAGGUGCAGCUCCGAACUCCACGGACAUCUCAGUUACUCUGACCAGACUGUGUCAGGAGAUGAAGAGACGCUUUUCCCUUGCCUGUGAGGUUCCAGGCUCCUACAAGAACCUUCAGAACCAGUUUGGGGAAAUCCUAAAGGCUGCUGGGAAGGUUCCAGACUCUCCUGUGGUCAUCUUCAUGGAUGGAUUGGACCAGAUGGAAGACGCACACCAGGCCAAGAGUAUGGAAUGGCUGCCUCGCAUCAUGCCUCCGAACGUCAAGUUCAUUGUCACGGUAACGGAGGACCAGGAUGUACAUCGCUCGCUGUCCCGCCGCGACGCAACGUUCAUCAACGUCGGGAGUCUGGACGGUUGGGACAAGGCCGACAUGGUGCGGCGAGCGCUGGCGAAACACAGGAAGGCACUGGACGAGUCGCCUUUCAACAACCAGAUGAAGCUGCUUGUUGGAAAGAGGGAAUCCCACAAUCCUCUGUUCCUGGCCUUGGCUUGUGAAGAGCUGAGAGUUUUUGGUGUCUUUGAAAAGGUGUCCCAGUGUCUGCGGAACAUGGCCCAGACCAUCACCAAACUUCUGCAGGAGAUCUUACAGCGCCUGGAGACCGACCACGGGCGCGACCUCGUCUCCAUGGCGAUGACCCUGCUGGCCAGCACGCGGAACGGAUUGUCGGAGGAGGACCUACUGGGCAUGCUCAGUCUGUCCCGAGAGCUGGGGGAUCAGCGGUACUCGGUCGAUGAUGUCACCAACGUGAUGAUGUCACCAGACAAGCAGCUGCCUCAGGCGAUCUUUGCCCGUUUGGUGCGAGGCUUGCAGACCUUCCUGCAGCCCACGGUGCAGCAGUCUGGCUCCAGGCUCCUGUGUCUGGCCCACAGCGAGUUCCUCAGGGCCGUCACACAGCGCUACAUCAAGCCUGGGGGGACUGAGUUCCAGGCUAGACUGCACUGCCUGAUAUCCGGGUACCUGCUGACCUGUGGUGACCCUGGCAGGGACGACUCCUGGACAGGCACCCACGCAAUGGCCACCUCAGAACUGCCCUACCACCUGGCCAGUGCAGGCGCCUUCAAUCAGUUAGAAGACGUUCUCACCAACCUAAACUUUGUCAAGACCAAGUGCACCAUGGGAAUGGCCGCACAGCUCAUGGAGGACUAUCAGGCCCAGGGCUGUCCGUCGCUGUCCCGGAUCAAUGCCCGUUUGCAGGACAAGUUUCUUGCCGAACCAAAAGUCCAGCAGUUUUCUUCCUUUGUGUCCAGGAACCUUCACAUCCUGAGUGCCUACCCAGCACUCACACUCCAACAGGCAGCAAACGAAGCGGCCACCUCAGCGCCCGCCCAGGCUGUAUCCUCUCUGCUAGACAACAAAUCAGGCACUGGAUUCCACAUGGUCAGACAGCUCAACAGGUCUGAGGUCAGCGACCCCUGCUAUCGGAUCCUGGACGCGUUUGGUGACGCGGUGACCUGCGUGGCCGUUUCUCCGGACGGGAAGGUUUUUGUCUGUGGUACUGAAGACUGCGUUGUCCACCUCUACGAACUGGCCACCGGAAAGCAGCUGAAAACCUUCGUCGGACACGCCAACAAAAUCACCGACUGCUGCUUCGUCGGAACGAGUAAAAUUUGCAGCUCGUCCGCUGACGGAACACUCUCUAUCUGGGACAUGGCUGGAGGGUAUCGGAUUUCGUCACUGACCAAUCACAAGCGCCGUACCAACUCGUGCUGUUCCGACCCCAGAGGGAAGGUCGUGGUGUCUGCGUCCUGGGACUGCACAGUCCUUAUUUGGAAGGUGGAUUCCGACGACAAGAAGCCCACGACGCAGUUCCGCGACAAGCGACCAAUCAACUGCGUUGCCUUCCACCCGGAAGACGACAAAAUCGUGACGGGAUGCUGGGACACAACCUUGAAAGUGUACGACACCCUGAACAAGAAGAGGGUCGCGGUGAUCCGAGGUCACGACAGUUCGGUGAGAGACGUGGCGUAUUCGCCAAACGGCCGCCAUCUUGCUUCCGCUGCCCUCAGUGGUGAGGUCAAGCUGUGGUCAGCUGAGACUGGAACUCCGGUGGGGGACCUUACAGGACAUUGCGGUCAGAUAAAUCGCCUGACCUUCUCCCCCGGCGGAGGUCACCUCAUCACCGUUGGCAACGACCACAAGGUCAAGGUUUGGGCAGGCAACCUGGGCAAACAGAUGAACAGUUUUGGGCACAAGGACCUGAGCCAUGCCCUGAGUGUGUCCAUCAGCCCAUCAGGCGAGGAUGUUGUCAUCGGUUACCAUGACGGCAGUGUCCGGCUGGUUACCAUGGAUACAGGGCUGGAGAAGUGGGCUGUUGUUCCCCACAAUGCACCAGUCAGAUGUGUGACCUGGAUAGAUGACCACAGCCUCAUCUCCGGGUCUGAUGACUCCUUCCUGUCCGUCCUCUCGGCCGCUGACGGGUCAAAGGUCAUGACCCUGGUGGGUCACACGGGGUCGGUGACCUCUGUGGCGUACACGAAAGUGGAGUCCCUCGCCGUGUCGGCCUCGGCUGACUUCACGGCUGUCGUGUGGAGGAUUCCAACUGUACAGACCAUCAAGAAAUCUGCCAUGCCAUAUGAGGUAAAACCCAGGUCAGUGUUACGCGGCCACGGCGGUCCUGUGACUUGCUGUGCCUUCAGCCCAGACCGGCGGUCCGUGGUGACAGGCAGCAGGGACAAAACUCUGCAUCUCUGGGACAUCAAAUCUGGCCCUGACCCCCAGCCCAGCAGGGUUAUAUCAGAGUGCCACCAGGACUGGAUCACCUCCUGCGCCUGGUCUGAGACCGGAGACUAUGUCGUCACUGCGUCAGGCGACUUCACCCUCAAACUGUGGGACAUGAACACCGGCAGGGAGAAGGUCAAGUUUGUGGGUCACACCAGUGCGAUCAACUCGGUAGCCACCAGCCAUGGCUGUGUAGUGUCGGCCUGUUACGAUGGAAGUGUGAAGGUGUGGUCUCACAAGGGGGAUGAGAUCACCACACUGUACGGACAUGACACGAGGGUCAAUGCCUGCGACCUCAGAGUGACUGUUGAGAGAGAAGAGACUCCUCAGGAGGAGGCAGAAAUCUCAGACUGGAGUGUUGCCGUGGAGACGGAGGAGUGGGAGGAGGAGCACCGGAGACGCAAGGUCGGCGCCAAGAAGAGGGAGGAGUCAAAGGUCACCCAGGUUACCAUGGUAACAGCCGGGGAUGAUGGGACUGUGAGGAUGUGGAGACCACUGGAGGGAAACGAGAUCAGGACACUGACAGGUCACUCGGACAGGGUCCUGGGUGUUGCCAUGGCAGCAAACAGCCACAUCGUGAGCUGUUCUCUGGACGGGACGGUGCGACUCUGGAACCCUGACCUGAAACAGGCCGAGCAGGACGACUUCUGCCAUGAUGCAGAGGUGACCGGUGUCGUGUUUCUCCCUUCUGGAGGUCAUGUGAUCAGUUGCAGUAGGGACGGUACCGUUGCAUUGUGGGGGCUGGACCUGGAGACAGGGUCAUACUGUUCCAAGAUCUGCUCCAUACAGGGCCACAGAGGCAGACCGGUGACUGCUGCCUGUGUCCUGAAGGGCGCCAUGUUUGCUACGGCUUCUGACGACGGCUUGGUCAAAGUCUGGGCUGUCACACAGCAGAAAGACAAGACAUUCAUCAAAGCUAAGCAGACCCUGCCUGCCCCCUACCCCUCCCCACUCCUGAGCCUGGCUACAAAUGGGAACAUGAUUGUAGCCGGUGGCUGGGAGGGCUUCCCGCAUACAUGGGACUGUGGGGGGACAUACAGUCUAAACAGCUGCGGGGGUGUGUGGAUGGACUGUACGGAUUGGGUGAUUGGCUGUGGCUUCAGCCAAUCAGAUCCCAAGCUGUUUGCCGCGACCUGCGCCAGUGAGGUCAUCGGCGCCGUUCUGCAAAGUCCUGAUGGCCCCAUCACCAGAACGUACCGCAUCAAACAUGAAGUCACAGAUGACAAUGGGUCGGCCCAGCCUGACCAACCAAAGAUCAGCUGUGCCGUGGUUCUAAACAACCUCCAGUCUCUGGCCGACCUCGGUUGUCAUGGAAACAGGGGGGUCAUGCUGGGUGACGACCUUGGAAAUCUGGCUGUGUACGAGUUUGACCCGCCUAUCAGGGAGCGGAAGGACAUGACCUUCGCUGGGAAGGUCAAGGUCAGGAAUAACACCCAGGUGUUCUGUAAGAAGAUGCAUGCUGGGAAGAUAACCCAGGUGCUGCUGGGUGAUGAUGUCAUCUUCACUGCAUCACAUGACCAGACGAUCAAAGUGUGGAGGACAAGAGAUCUCAAACAGGUUGGGCAAUUCCACUGUCACUCUCCCAUCACCACCCUGGCACGCCCACCUAUCCCAGGAUGCAACAGGCUGGCGUGUGGCGACCAGCUGGGGAAGGUCUACUUCCUGGAAUGGCGACCUUGAGCCAUUGACCUCUAAAAGACAAGAAGAGUUCCUCAAGCAAUUGGAUAAAUUUUUGAAAUCAAACUUUUCCAAUAGCUUUAACCUAACUGUUAGUUAUUCAGUACUUCCCCAGAACAUCCUGCAUUGAUAUAGUCUUAAUUCCUCUAUGCAAAAUUAUCAUUCUGUUAAAUCAUCCCAUUCUACUAUUUUCCACCAGGAAUUUACUCUUAUUCAUUUACCUUAGAAUUAGAAUGCCCUGCUCUGAUGUAGUUCUCUGCAAUUACCCUAAACAAGCUUAUAGGGUUUGUGAUUUGAAUGUUUGAAUUUGCACAUACCGUUGGUUAAGAAUAUCCUGUAAUAUUAACCAUUUAUGACUCUUUUGAUGUUUUGCAAAUCAGUUUAUCAAGACAGCAGACUUUAAUCAUACUAUACUUUCCUUUUUUUACCCCCUCUGAUUCUGUUUUCAGUUCAGCAUUUUUUAAAC